AACAUCAACGUCCUGGGACAAUGCCCCUCUGCUUUUAUUCCACUCUCUCUAUUAUUUGCCUGUCCAGAAACAAGCAUGCCUAGGAGUUCCGGCAUCCUUCUUUCGUUGUUUAUUAUUUGAUUCCAGUAAUAGAUGCAUUCGCGCCUCUUGAACCGAUUUGUUAUCAUUUAAAUACAAAUUAGGCUCUUACAGUGCUAUCGGCGCUCCAUGCCUGAUCUUAUUGUCCUUAUCCACGACCGGCGUUAACGUGAUCAGAACAGACUGCUGGGCAGUACUGCAGCCUAUUCGACCCUAUAUAUUUUGCGCUGUCAACUAUUAUCAUUUUCUUCUUCCUCCUUUUUUCCCUUUUUCCUUUUGAGAAUACAUCAUUUCCUUUCCCUCUUGCAAGCUACUCUGACUACCUAUCUUUAAGCCAACCAGUCACAAUGUCGAAUCUGUCGCCAACUCCAACACCAAAAGGCCCUCGGAACAACCGGCGUAACCCAAAACGAAAUGCGACACCGACUACACAAAGGGCUACUCUGCUAACGACUCCUCCCUCGUCGCCUCCGAGGAACAUGAGCCCAGGAGGAACAGCUACUGAUUCCUCUGCCAAUCUAUCUAAGAAGAAAGGUGCCCGAUCUAACAAGAAGCCACGAGAUCUAUCUAAGGUUUCGCCGGCGCAAAGGACCGGCCACCACCGCACAUCUUCAUAUUCUAACAAUAUCACCACGCCUCAGCUAAAAGAUAGCCCUCACUAUGCCGGUCCGACGUUCCAUGCCUCCCCAGCUCCCUCUUCCCUUCCAAUCCCGAGCUUUUUCUCGAAGUCAAUACCGGAUCCCGAUCUUGCCCCGGCAAUAGAAGCAGAUGGCGAUAAAUACGAAGUUGGGCCGGAAUAUGAGGCCACGCCCUCAAAGCUGAGGCCACGCCCACAGUUCCAAACUGAAGAACCGCAGCCAACACCCUUGGAUUUCCUUUUUAAAGCUGCAGUUGAAGCUAGGAACUCUCAGCCCCAGUGUAGUCCCGAGGCAAGCACCAGGAUUCGCUCCCCACACACGGACUCCAAGUCCCUGCCGCAACGCAAGCCCAAUGGCUCUACAGAAGAGACAUUGCCAUUGGGGGUAGACUAUCCGGCGCCUCAUAAGUCGCAGAUAGGACCCUCAUUUGCUGCAUCCUACAAAGAUCGCAUGAAUGCAUUGCGAUCUGCCAGUCCUCCCUCUCACUCUGUGGUAGAACUUGAUGAGGAGCAGCGAAGAGCCAAAACCGAGGCCUUGAAGGAUUUGUUACUCAACCCACGUCCCCAGAGGCCCUCGUAUGUGUCAAAAUCAUCCUCUAGUCAAACCAACGGUGUCAACGAGCAGCCUACCCCCAUUGGCAAUGUGCCUCAUGUUGCGACUGCACUCAGGACAGCCUCUGGCCCGUCAGCAGCUCUUUAUAGCAACGUGAUGCCCGGGCAGAAUCAAUCAACGGUCGGGAACGGAUGGCAAUCGUCAUUUUCCAAUUCAUACACUAUCAACUCUCAGCCCUCACAAGGUCAAACCUCGACCUCCAAGAAAGGAGCUCUUUCAUCAAUCCCAGGGAACAUGGGAAACGUCUCAGGAGUAACAUCUUCUUCUCCAGUGUACACUCAGACUAAAUUCGCCAUCAAUCCUAUUCAGAGUCCAAAUUAUCCGCCAGUUUACCAGUCACCUACGUCGCAAGUCUCAAACACGUCCACCAAAGCUCUGGACACGAAAAAAAUGGAAGACGAUCUGCGGAGAAUUCUGAAGCUUGAUGUGAACCCAGGCCUGCCGUCCAGCGGUAUUCAGAGUUCAUAUGCGUAAUGUCAUAUCCCUUCUUUUUCUUUCCUCGUUUACGCUUUCUUGCAUUCUGCAUUACAUUUGUGCAUGACAAUCGAUGCUCCAUUUUUCAAGUUUCAUUUCCAUGCUGAAUGACAUCUUGUCAUGAGCCUUAGGGUUCUUUCGUCUCGUCUAAUGUUUUCGGUGGCAGUCUCUCAUCGUCUAUGGCCAAGAUUCUCGGUGUUUUUUCCGCGGUUCACGCUAGUCGUGGUCAUUGUUGUAAUUGAUAAAUUGAUGGGUUUAUUGGUCCUUCAGCGGGACGUCUUUAUACCCUUCAUUUGCAUCGAACGCGGAGUCCGGUUGCCUUUAUCAGUGCUCUUUCUCGGGGUGUGUUGCUUUGGGAUAUUGUUUGGACGACUGAUCAGGCACCUCUGAUGUCACUCAUUUAGCUGUCGGUGCCAAUUUUAAUCACUUUUUUUUUUUUUUAUUUCUCCCUGAUAGCUUUUUUUUU